CCCGUGAUAUUAAAUUUCCUCCAAACCAUUAUUUUAUAUUAAAUAAUUAAUUAAAGACAGUUAUUAAAUAAAAAGUAGACCAAUCAUAAUUUUCCAUAUAAGUAGAUUGAGCGAACUAGCUAGGUGCAACCUAAAUUGUAGCCAAAAAUUGCUCCUUAAGUUUUUGGGUCCAAAUUUGUUCGGUUACUCCAUCACAAAUAGUUAGGAGGAGUAGAUGAUCAGCAAAGUAGAUAAGGGAAGAAGAGACAACGGGAAAGAAAAAAGUUUUUGAUUUGUUGCGUCUCUGGCAGCCGUCGCGGAGAGGGUUUAGCUAAUACACGCCUGGAUGGAUUACUCUGAAUUGCCGGAUCACGUGGAGACCUUUUCCCAGCUCGCAGCCUUCUCCCGCACCUGCAAAUCAUGGAGAUCCACCGCUCUCCGUCUCCACGGUGGCCGGCCGCUGUGCCCGCCGUCGUUGGUUGUAUCUAAAGCCACCACCAACGCAUCCCAAUCCGGACUCGAGGCGUACUAUAACAGCGGCCAAAUCCAUCAGUUUCAUCCCCUCACCACGCUCUUCCCUGCCAACCCUAAACGGCCGUGGUCAUCGCCGCAUCCCAAUCCAAGAUAUCGGACACACAAGGCCAGCGCCUGCGCUACCUCCGCCGCCACGACGAUUUGCUCACCUCCCUCCACGACGACGAAUUAGCCGCCUCCGACGACCACGACCAAUGCUUCUCCGACGAUGACGACAUUAACAACAAUCACUACUACGGAUAUUGGAGUGAGGAGGAGUAUGAUGAAUACAACGUGAAAGAUGCUCAAUCCUUGGGUUCCAAGGAUGGAUGGAUCCUCCGCUCUCUCCCUAUAGAGGAGACAGCCAGGGUCGAACUCUCGACCUUUGUUGGGUAUUUAGCGGAAGUAGUGGUAAUUUAGGAUCAAUAUAAAGCAAACAAUUGG